AUGGCUGAUGAUCAUAAUGAAGGCCCCCCAGAUGAAUUUCGAGCAGUUAUUUCCUACAUAAAGCGCAUGCUUUUGGAUUAUGAAUCCUCCAAUGACGAGUUGGAAGGAAAUAAUGAACCUGAAGAAAAUGCGCAAGAAGCAUUGCAAAUGCUAGAAGAAUUUCUUCUUGAUCAGGAAAUGCAAGAAGAAUCUGUUCCUGAUCAGCAAAUGCAAGAAACUGAAGUUGAAGUCAUUGUUCCAGAAGAACAACCACAGCAAGUAGCACAAUUUUCCUUCAACCCUGUCUCUCCUCAUCUCCUGCCAGUCCAAAGCCCCCGAGACGUAAUUCAGUUUCAAGAACGUGAACAACUAGAACAAGGCUCCUCCUCUGGAAUCAACAACUAUGUCCCUUCUUGUACCUCAUCAAUCGCAAGCCUCCAAGGCAUGGCUGCAGAAUCACAACAACCAGGACAGACUUCACUCUAUGUACCUGGUUCUCUCCCAAGCCUCCAAGAGUUCGGUCAAUUUCAAGAACAUGCAGCCCAACAUGACCAAGAAGCCAUUGCAGCAGCACAAGGCAUGGCUGCACAAUCACAACAACUAGAACAAAGUUCGUUCUACGGAGGCUAUGUCUCAUUUGGCCUCCCACCAGUCCCAAGUCUCCAACACUCAACUCAAUUUCAAGAACAUGCAGCCCAAGAAGCCAUUGCAGCUUCGCAAGUAGAACAAGGUUCGUUCUACGGAAGCUAUGCCCCUCCAGUCCCCCGAAGCCUCCAAAAUUUGAUCGGAAGGUGCAGCGAGCCUUUUGAGAAGCAGUUGUCAGGCACUGAUGUGGCAUUGGGCUCAACUUCGCUGACCAUUAGCAAAGAAGACGUGAAAAGGCACAUCUUGCCAUUGUUGAAGGCUAAUGAAGUUCCUGAAGAAGGCAUCCAGGUCACAGUGUAUGACAUUGCUGGUGAAGAGUACCCUAUGCUGUUCAAACGCCGCCGCUAUCGCUAUUUCCUUUUAGGUCCAACAUGGAGACGUUUGUAUCAACGUCAUGGCCUGGAAGGAGGCCAACAUUCUCUCACAUUCUGGGCUUUCCGGAAGGUCCGACCUGAAAGCCUUUGCUUUGUCAUCACUUGGAGAAGGUUGCCUGCCAGGUAA